AUGCAUCUGGACAAUAAUGUGACUGAGUUCAUUCUUCUUGGGUUGACUCAAGAUCCUGUAAGGAAGAAAAUAGUGUUUGUCACUUUCUUGCUUUUCUAUUUGGCAACCUUAAUGGGUAACUUGCUGAUUAUCACGACCAUCAAGACCAGUCGGGUACUUGUGAGCCCCAUGUACUACUUCCUUUUCUACUUAUCUUUAUCUGAUAGUGGCUUCUCUACUUCCGUAGCUCCUAGAAUGAUUGUGGAUUCCCUUAUGAAGAAGGCUACUAUCUCAUUCAGUGAUUGCAUGAUCCAAGUCUUUGCAUCCCACUUCUUUGGCUGCAUGGAGAUCUUCAUUCUAAUCAUCAUGGCAGUGGACCGCUAUGUGGCCAUCUGUAAGCCCUUGCGCUAUACUACCAUCAUGAGCCGUAAGGUUUGUGGAGCAUUGGUGGCUGUGGCCUGGGUGGGGUCCUGUAUGCAUUCUUCAGCUCAGCUUUUUCUAGCCUUGAGUUUACCUUUCUGUGGCCCCAGUGUGAUUGAUCACUAUUUCUGUGACUUGCAGCCUUUGUUUAAACUUGCAUGUACAGACACCUAUGUCAUCAACUUACUCUUGGUGUCCAACAGUGGAGCCAUCUGUACAGUGAGUUUUGUCAUACUAAUGUUCUCCUACGUCAUCAUCUUGCAUUCUCUGAGAAACCACAGUGCUGAAGGGAGGAGAAAAGCCCUGUCCACCUGCAUCUCUCACAUCAUGGUGGUCGUCUUGUUCUUUGUUCCAUGCAUAUUUAUAUACACACGACCUGCCACCACAUUCCCCAUGGAUAAAAUGAUAGCUGUGUUUUAUACAAUCGGAACACCCUUGCUCAAUCCUCUGAUUUACACUCUCAGGAAUGCAGAAGUGAAAAAUGCCAUGAGGAAGUUAUGGAGCAAAAAGUUGAUCUCAAAUGACUAA